CGAGCCGUUUCCGGUGUCGCGGGCGCGGGGUGAGCGCUCGGCUGGAGCCGCCGGGAGCCGCCGGCCAGGCCCCCGUUCUGUCCUGUCCGCUCCUGCCCUACCCUGCUCCGCCUCGCCCCGUCCGCACACGGCAAUGUCAGACAGAGCGGAGGGGCCCGCGGGGGGCUCCCCUGGCUCCCCCACCGGCCACUCCGCCGGUGCUUCCGAGCCGCGGAUCAUCAGAGUCACUGUGAAGACUCCCAAGGAGAAGGAGGAGUUCGCCGUUUCCGAGACCAGCAGCAUCCGGCAGUUCAAGGAAGAAAUCUCUAAGCGUUUCAAGUCCCACACUGAUCAACUUGUGUUGAUAUUUGCUGGAAAAAUUUUAAAAGAUCAAGAUACUUUGACUCAGCAUGGAAUUCAUGAUGGACUCACUGUUCACCUGGUUAUCAAAACACAAAACAGAUCACAAGACCACGCAACUCAACAGGCAAAUACCACUGGGAGUACUGCUACCACAACAUCAACAUCAAGCACUAGCACCUCAACACCAGUGUCAACAAACAGUAACCCCUUUGGCUUGGGUGGCCUUGGAGGUUUGGCAGGCCUGAGUAGCCUGGGCUUAAAUACUUCAAACUUCUCGGAGUUGCAAAGUCAGAUGCAACGACAACUUAUGUCCAAUCCAGAAAUGAUGGUUCAGAUAAUGGAGAAUCCGUUUGUUCAGAAUAUGCUUUCAAAUCCUGACCUGAUGAGGCAGUUAAUUAUGGCUAACCCUCAAAUGCAGCAACUGAUACAGAGAAAUCCAGAAAUCAGUCACAUGCUGAAUAAUCCAGAUAUAAUGAGACAGACACUAGAACUUGCUAGAAACCCUGCAAUGAUGCAGGAAAUGAUGCGAAACCAGGACCGAGCCUUGAGCAACCUUGAAAGUAUACCAGGGGGAUACAAUGCCUUGCGACGCAUGUACACAGACAUUCAGGAGCCAAUAUUGAACGCAGCGGAGGAACAGUUUGGAGGUAACCCAUUUGCUUCUUUAGUAAGCAAUGCAUCGGCAGGAGGGGAUAAUCAGCCGUCUCGUACAGAAAAUAGAGAUCCUCUGCCAAAUCCGUGGGCUCCUCAAUCCAGCUCACAGACUUCUACAGCAAAUACCGGCACUAGUGGUGACAGCAGUGGCAGCAGUAAUGCUGAAAAUAGCACUUCUGGCACUAUGGGACAGAGCUCAACUGGACCAAAUUUGGGACCUGGACUUGGAGCUGGUAUGUUCUACACACCAGGAAUGCAGAGCUUAUUACAGCAAAUAACAGAAAACCCACAACUUAUGCAGAAUAUGUUGUCUGCACCCUACAUGAGAAGCAUGAUGCAGUCAUUAAGCCAGAAUCCUGAUCUUGCAGUACAGAUGAUGUUGCAUAAUCCUUUAUUUGCUGGAAAUCCUCAACUUCAGGAACAAAUGAGACAACAACUUCCAACUUUCCUUCAGCAAAUGCAGAAUCCUGACACGUUAUCAGCUAUGUCAAACCCCAGAGCAAUGCAGGCUCUGCUACAGAUUCAGCAGGGCUUGCAGACAUUAGCAACAGAAGCACCAGGGCUUAUACCAGGAUUUAAUCCCAGUUCAACUGGAGUGGGAAGCAGCGGAGCUCCUACAGCGUCCACUGUGCCUAGUUCUGUUUCCACUGAAAAUACAAGUCCACCUUCAGGAACUGCUGAGCCUAUUCACCAGCAGUUUGUCCACCAGAUGUUGCAGGCACUUGCUGGUGCAAAUGCUCAGCAGUUACAAAAUCCAGAAGUUCGAUUUCAGCAACAACUGGAACAGCUGAGCGCAAUGGGCUUUCUGAACCGUGAAGCAAAUUUACAAGCACUAAUAGCAACAGGAGGAGACAUCAAUGCAGCUAUUGAAAGGCUGCUUGCCUCUCAGCCUUCAUAGCAGUGUUUCUUUUAACUUGAAAAAAUGUAAUUUAUUUUUGAUAACAGCUCUUUAAUCUUUCAAAUUGCUUUAUUUCAUUCUGACUCUUGGGAUUGUCUUGUUACAACUAAAAUCAGUCUGAUGCAUUUGAAGGUGGAGUGCAGUAGUUUUCUCCAGACAGUGGGAAUCAAUGCAUUUUCACUUUUGAGUGCAUCAGUUAUUUUGUUCAGCAUUAUUUGUGAUUUUUUCAAAACAGUAUCAGCUUUCACAGUUGGAUAAACAAGUUUUGCCUGACCUACAAAUGGCCAAUUUAUUUACUCCUUAAACCGUAUCCUUCAGUAGUAAUUUAUGUAGAUUACACAUUAAAAAGGAAACAAAUUAAUUGAAGCUGCGGGUACCAAUACUGCUUAUUGUGAUUUUGGCAUGUUUUUUUUUUUUCUUGACUAGCAAAAUGCUGGAAGAUUUGUACCACUUGAGUAAUCUACCAUCUUUUGCUUUAAUUUCUAUGAAGUAUGAACACAGUAUAUACAACAGAGACAGCUCAUUUUUAGAUUUACACAAUACAAUAGAGUGAUAUUGUAAGUAAAGACAAAAUAACAAAAGAAAAAAGAAAACCCAACAAAAACCCCACAAAAAAAACCAAACCAAAACAAAAACCAAAACCAAACAAACAGGGGAAAAAAAAAAGUCGUAGGACUUGAAUUUGGUGUAGAAUUGCCCAGGAUCUUUGGUAACUAUCUGAGAAAAAAUGCUUAAGCAACUUCAGUUAAAGUAUACUAGAAUUACUGUUCUGGAUGUCUCUUUACAUUUAACUGUACAGAAACUUGCAUUAUAACGUUAUCUCAAUAUUCACAGAUUAACUGUAAAUUACUUUUUUCAUUGUCCAAAUUGAAGAGCCAUGGCCCUGUGCUCUGGAAUUGCUUUUAUGGCUAUUUGGCUUGUUCCACUGAGAUUUCAACAUGUAUUCUGAUUUGUAAUUGGAGAAAUUACUUCUAUUCAUGGUCAUGUGAUACUCCUAAUUACUUUUAACCACCAAGUGAAAAAUACUGUAUAGCUUUUGAGUUUCUAUUGGUAGUUACUUCUCUUGUGCACAGGUAAUAAAUGAAUUAAAAAAUCCUUAA